UUGAUAUUGGGACGUGCUGACUGUUCUGAGUGCAUGUGGGUUCAUUUCCUCCGUGUGUUUCAGGGAAUGGCUACACACGGACGAAGCCGCUCCGCUGGUGGUUCCGCCCCGCAUGGAGAGGAGCGCCGAGGGACGACGUCGUCGCCGGCAAGGGAAACGAGUUGGGGAGGUGGCGGUGGGGAGGAAGAACGGCGGGCUCAAAACUUGUGGUGCGACUACAGCAAACGUGUCUGGUAUUUGGACUGGGCGAGCCAGGACGGAUCUGACCCGUUGCAACCACCGUGCGGGCCGCUCUUGUUCGUCGCAGUUCGCGCCGACAGAACGCGUCUCGCAGGGUCCAUCGUCCAGUGGGUCGACGUUGGCGAAUACAAUUUCAAGUUUACGUUGAAGAGGCAUUACAGAAGUGAUGGUUCCGUCGACGACAUCGCAAAAGGAUGCAAGGUUGCCGGGAGGAUGUUCGGCGGGUACGGCCGGCGUGCGAUGUCUUUGCCGUACUUUGUCGCGCUAGCGCCGGGGCACGAUGAGGCCGUUCACGUGACAAACUUCCUCGAGGUCUGGGCGAGAUCUGGUACCUCUGUCAGUGUCGUGGACGUCGGACCUGGGACAUCGAUCAGUGGUCCUGUUGGGUUCGCGGGAGGAGAGUGCUCUGAAAGGGGGAUGGGAGGUCAGGGUGGCCUGCCAGCUACGCCUCCUGAUCAAGAGGUGGGCAUGUUAGACGACUCGGAGCACGACCAUCCGCGUGCUCCUUCGAAACCGGGCUUGCAUGGAUCUCGCCGCCAAGGUUUGCUUGGGGAGUCGACGCCACGUGGAGGCGGCGAUGGCGAACGGUUGCGACAGGGCUCAGAAUCGACGACUCCUCGUGGUCUGGUCGAAAGGAUUGGUUUGUUCGUUCAUGGCAUGCAGGUGGCCGAGGUUUCGCCUGGAGAUCGCGCGGGUGGUCCGCAGGUUCGAGAGGUGUGUGGGUCAGAUGAGACGACUCGCCGGGCCCGACCUGCGCUUGCGCAACUGCAGACGGAGUUGAGCCUGGAACGAGAAGCAAGUGGGAACGUCGCCGGUGAGGAGGAGGUGUCCGAGCAGGGGCUGUUUCGUGAGAGAUCGGCUGAAAAGACUCAGUCGGGAGGAAAGCGCAACUUGCCGGAUGAGGAAGAGCGAGAGGGAGUAGGUGCUCUGAAAAGGCAAAGAAAGGUAGGAGGGAGUGCUCAGACGCCAACAACACGAGAGGGCGGUUCCGUUGAGAAGAGGAAAAGGGUUGGAGGUGGGGAUGAAACGCCAAAAGACUCGUCGACACGACGAAGAACUGGUGAGUCUUCCAGGAAACGGUCGAAAUCAUCGAGGGGGAAGAAAGAAGAUGAGGGCGACAGCGGGAAGGGAGAUGACGACGUGGACAUUACCCUCAACGCCUUCAACCUCGACAAUGCGUUCUUCCUCGAGAUGCAGACAGGGGUGCAGAGGGACGUCGUGUUGCACAUCCAUCCCGAAAGAAUAUUAGCUAUUCCAGACUGGGAAGACGCGUACAACCACCGAUCCUUGGACGAGUUCCUCGUUGAUACCAUCGCGUCGGCUAUGAUCGAAUGCUACGAACGUAAAGACAUGAGAUACAUGAAGCCCAUUUUCCUUCUUGCUCCGAUUGUCGUGCCUCCAGAGAACAGCGAACCUGCUGUGCACGUGCUGCCUACUGACUUCGACAGCUCACAGCCGGAGAAAAACUGGUAUUAUCCUGUGUGUGGACAGCAUAACGCGAGGAAGGCGAUGAAGGUGAAAGACCAUCCCGUGUUUGAGUACUACAACUUCUGUAAAUGGUCGUUCAGGCUGAUCUACUUCCCUGACGAUGAGUUCGACGGCUAUGCCCAUGUCAGCUGCGAAGACAACAUGAAAGACAAGAAGAAUCGACCGCGCUUGCAGGUUUUGUCUAUGCGGGACAUUCGCAAUAUCUGGAAAAUUAAGGGCAAACCGCGUGUGGUGCUCGACAAUGCGUCGAAGAAAAAGGACGAGGUGCGAAAGUGGGUGCAGUUCAUGGUGUUGGCUAUGAAGAAGACACCGUACACGCCUUUCAAGAAGUUGGCCGAGCAGGGGAAGUUCAGUGUCAAGGAGAUGGUCGACAUAAUAAAAAUGGACCGGAUUAUGCUGAGGCUGUGGCACUACGUGGAGUUCGAGUACGAGGAAAUGGAUAAGCGGGAGUGGAAUGCCAACUCCACGUUCUUCAAGUCCAAGAAGCAACUGUUGGAAGAGUUCAGGGACAAAGGUCUCGACGACAAGCUUUGGAACGAGACUAGGAAUUUUUUUACGGACUCUACGUACAUCAACAAGUGCCCUCAGUUUCUCGGGUGUCAACACGACAACAACAUCAAGAGAACGGUGGCCCUCGUCAACGACCAGCAUUUCCCGACGGAGUGGAAGCGUGUCGUCCUUUCGGUGAUCACGGGAGAUCGCGCCAAAGGCAAAAAAUACCCUCGGGGUGUUGAUGAAUGCAUCAACAUUAUGUGGACGAGGCCAAGCGCCUUGACGACGCUGGCCCAGUUUAAUGUCGACCCAUUGAGUGCCAUAGAUCAUAAGGAGGCGCUGGAAAAACUAGGGCAUCAGCUACGCUCCCACACUUGCGUGCUCGACUUGUGCGGAGCUGUGGACCGUGCGCAAUGGGACUCUGGGGCAUUCGCGUCUCUGAGUGAGUUGCUGGGCUUCGUUUGUCAAGACUACUGGAUAUUGGUGGUAUUCGUCCCCUGCCUGUGGAACCUCUCCUUCAUGACAUAUUUGUCUGCGCUUGGGGCCAUCCGAUGCUACACGGGGAAGUGGGUUCGGAAGAUGGCAGCGAAGAAGACGCAUCAGUUCGGAAACAGCGUCUGGGAGGAGGAGCCGGAUGUGAUGCACAUCCUUUUCAAAGGCGAGGAUCCUCAGCUACUGACUCACCCGAUGUACGAGGGAGCUGUUGCUGAAGACGACGCCACCGCUCUCCGUAGGAAACAGAAAGUGACACCUACGGAUGUGGAGGAGAAGUCUUUCAAGUCCUUGACUUCCGCGGACAUCGGAAACCUCACCCAGAGAGGGGCUUUGUACAAGGACGGCGAGCAGAAUCCGAAUCAGUUAUGCAAUCAGCUUCUUUUCUUCUGUGGUGUGGCGGAUGCCGUGCUAUUCUUGGGCAAGCCGCACGCGCAGGUGGUGUGGAGUCUGCUUCAGCAGGGAAGGCACGUCUUGGCCGUGGAUGGGGACACAACGCAGCUCGAAUGCACCGUGCAGUAUGUCACCCAUGAAGUGUCGUCCAAGGCUUACCCAUGCGAUUUCCACCACGUCGUGGUCGGGCCCGUUUAUGACCCGAACAAGGACAUGUUCUUCAAGUUGACUCCGAAGAAAAGGCGCCAGGGCUACCACGGAGCGAGUCGGGCCGGCGCUGUGAGCUUCAUUAAGAGGCUGGAAUAUGUGUUUUUUAACGAGAAUGUUGUCGAUCCGGCCGACUUCACUUUGGAUAACUACAAGCUGGCAUUCGGUGAGGAGGAUGACUUCAAUAUCGAGACUGAGCAGGAGGAGAGCGUUGAGGACGAUCUCUUCGAUUUGAACGGGCAAUUGGCCAUCUUCAACGCCCAAGUUUCUGAGUCGCCGUCAGUAUGCAAAUCGGGGACACCUCUCGCUACACCCACCUCGGGCGGCCCCACGCCCUUGUCCUCCUCAGCACCUGUCAAGAGGGGUGGGUUGUCCCAUCUGAGGAGUUCGCCGGGGGAGCCUAUUCGUCUCACACCGCAGCCCGAACGUCUUCGACCCGGCCAUCCAGUUCCUCCGGACCAUCCGCAUCUCGCAGCUCCUACAAAUCCCUACCACGUGGGCGACAAACACACCUUCUCCACAGCCGAAGAUUGGGGCCAUGAUAUCGUGUGGCACCCAGACCAUUUCCAGCCAGUCCUUCUCGACGGCGAAUGGGCAGUGGCUGUGAGGGACGUAAGUGGAGGGUGGAUAUAUGGCGAUCGUUGGGACCUCGAGACAUUCAAAUCUCGCGCCUACAAUGCGGUAUUGGAGAGAUUAAGUGAGGUCAAUCGACGAAGUAAGGACGACCCUGCUCUGCGCGAAUACGAGAACACGCUGUUCGAUUUAUUGCAGUCAAAUAAAUGGCUGGAAGUGUCCUCCGCGUUCUACGCCCUUCCGUCAAGCCCGUCAAUUAAGCAAGACGGCGAAGGGGAUGGUGAAGGCGGCGGGCAACGAGGUACCGGAGGUGGAAGUGAACAGCGUUCAACGAAACAGCGGUCUCUGGGGCACUCAGGCGGCGGAGAGGGGAAAAAGGGCAGUCGGGAGAAUGAAAAACCUCACAGCGGAGAGAAGACAAAGCAUCACACAGGAGACGGGCAGGGGUCCGAUGUUGACCGCGACGAGGACGGUGGGGUUUUGGCGGUGACAGGCAGCACCUCAAUGGAGACGGGGAACGACGUCAGGCCUGGGUGGAUUACACAGCCUGGCGAGCAGGACCCUGUGAUUAGCUCCACCAGCGCAACACACUAUACCGAUGCUGUUGGUGGGGCAGUUGUAGCAAAGAAUGGAACUUGCUUCGCUCAGCUCCAAAAACGUUUGGCCGAUUGUCUCGGAUAUAUCCGAACCUCGGAGACGACAUCGUCGUCCGGAACUCAGUGCCUUCCGGGAAGCGAGACGACAACAUACCACGGAUCCGGCAGCGACAAGCUCCAACCAUGUUCGGUUUCGCCUCAAAAGGAAGUUCGGAUUAAUCCGAACCCGGAAGCCAGUACCGUUGAGAGAGCACAGCGGUCUGCGGAACUCGAACGGGUGGUCCGGGUUUCCGAAAACCCUGGCGGCGAAAUUCGGAUUCAUCCAAACCAGGAGGACGUGUCCGCCAUGACAGACGACCGGUGUCAGGAUACCGUCAUGCUGUGCAUGGAAGUCCACAAGGAGCUGCAGGCAGACUGUCCGACUGAGGGUGAGUUAGCGACCAGUUUCAAUGUCGAGCCCCGCACACUCGGAGCCGAAUGCCUGGUGACGGUACACACUGAGGUAGCAGUCUUAAGCGACUCUCCGGUGAAAGCGGACAUGUCGUCGCCGUUGGAAACUGCGGUGGCUCGGAUGAAUCCGAACCAGGGCCCUGUGAGCAUGUCCCUCCCUGGUGCAGCUUUGGAGACGACCGUAAUUCAGGUUCAUCCGAGACACACGGACGAAGGACUUGACGGUUGUCGACUUCUGACGACUUUGGACAAGGACGAUUCCGCCGACGACCGGAUUGAUCCGACACUCGGCGACGUCGGGAUGGAGCAACCAGUUCAGCCGGCAUACGACGACCCCUUGUACUCCGGCCUUCACGACGAGGCGAUGGGAGAGGACGUUUUGAAGAAGUCCUCUGACGCUGUUGGAGAUAGAUUUCUCUAUUUGAGUGACGACGAUAAAGACACACCGCACAAGGACAAGAAGUUAAGGGGGGGAGAGGUGUUGUUGGACAUCCAUGGGACCUUGAGCACAACACAAUGCGACACAGUGGCGACGGAGGAAACCCAACCUGUCGAUGUUGUGGACGUCGACGCUCUUUGUUCGGAGACAGACAGACUAAAAUUUCCCGUCGCGGACGUGGAGGAUUUCCGCCAUCGGGAUGGGGAUGGAUUCAUGCCGUCGUCGGUCAUCGAUGCCGACAUCUUGAACCUGUCAAGUUUCCCUGUGAGUUUGGAGUACGUCGUCGCCGCGUCGACGUGCACGGGGGCGCCAAUUGUGUUGGGACUGCCAUCGGUGGGCUCUGGUGACGUUGAAGCUAAGCCUGGUGAGCAUUGUCUUCCUUUGCUUGCUUCCCGCUCGUCAGCCCGUUCGUGAAGUGUUGUUUGCUUCGUCGAUUUCGGGGAGGUGUGUACGAGGCCGCCAACUGGAUUUGACGAUGUGCUUCGUGAGGUGC